GAUGGCCGCCUUUUCAGAUUCUUGACUGUGAGCGUGACAACAACCAAUAGAACGCACACAAAUAGACACACAUCAACGAGUCUUUCUUGGAGGGUGUUCUAAAUAGAAUAGCUUUCACCAUGAUGCAACAAUCCGGAGGAUCGUAUUCAUCUCAUCCCCCGUAUCUCUAUCCUACGCAGCACCAGCACCAUCAUCACGAAAGUGACGGGGAAUCGUAUUUGAGCGGCCCCGAAUUCGACGAAGGCGAGAACGAUGAACCCACGCUCUUGCUUUCUCUCGUGCAAGCCUACGACUGGGCUGGUGUUCUCGCACGCGUGACCGCCCUCCCAUCCGAAGCGCAAACCGCCGGUGUGCAGGGACGAACCCCACUGCAUGUUGCCUGCGAUCACGAUGCUCCCGCCGUAGUCAUCCAGGCUUUGCUCAAGGCUUACCCCGAGGCUUCCACUGUCGUGGGUACGUCGAACAUGAACCCUUUGCACAUUACUUGUUCAUCCCAUCACGCUUCAACCCACGUCAUUCGCGUCUUGCUCGAAUACGGUAAGGCGGAACAAACCUCGAUGCGAGAUAUUGACGGAGAUACGGCUUUGCAUGCGGCGUGCCGCUGUGGCGCCUCCCGCGAAGUCCUGGAAGUUCUGCUGCGGGCCAAUCCAUCCGCUGUACACGAACGGGAUAAGGAAGGCCUGACGCCACUAUUACGACUAUGGGUUCGCUACUUUGUUAUUUUGGGUGACGAUGCCAUUGAGGGAGUCAAAAGUCACGGAGAUUUGACUGGGGAACUGGGGGAAGCAUGGAACAAGACGGAGUUGCUCCUGCACGUGGCGCAUCACGGAGCCUUGAGUCGGGGCGGUACUCUGAACGUUUUUCGGACGGUCCACGCGGCAGCAGCGGUGGAUUGUCCACGCCCGGUCGUCAAAAUUGCCGCUCUAGUUUACUCCUCGCAACUCGAUCAACGCGACGAAAACGGUCUCACGCCGCUCAUGAUUGCCUGCGAAACUCCCAUUUUUAAGGUUCGUGAUCUUUCGGAUGAUGGUUAUAUGUUGGAAGACGUCAUUUACGGGGACAACGAUACACAGGACCAAUUUGUAGCGGACGACGCGCCCGAACAGAUAUCGUCUUGUGAACCUUCCGUCAUUCAAAUUCUCUUGCACGCCAACCAGGAUGCAGCUUCUUCGUCCGCCUGCGUACCCGAUCCCAUGGGACGACUCCCACUGCACCUGGCAUUAGAAUCUCACAAACGAUGGUCCGAUGGUCUUCAGCAGCUGGUGGAUGUCUACCCCGAAGCACUCGCUAUUCCUGAUCCUACCUCCAAGUUGGUUCCGUUUUUGCUGGCCGCGGUAGGGGAACGGGCGGAUACGAGCACCGUUUACGAAAUGUUGCGACUCAAUCCUUCGCUUUUUGCCGAUUUGAAGUUUGAAUCGAAGAACUCCAAUAUCUCUACUGUGCCCAUGGAGACGCUCUGACAGGAGCGUUUCCAUGUGGACUUUUAUUUUAUUUUUUGUCGCUCCAUACCAUUCAUAGAGGAAAGCAGAAAGUCAGCGUCAAAGGUCGCUUUCUUUCGAAUGAAUAUAGUUUUCUGCAUUUUUCAUUUCGGUU